GAGUCAAGUUAUCUUGCCUCAGACUUGAUCUGCUGCUUUUUCUGAUGCUGAAUUAGGGUGGCUGAGCAGCGGCAGUUGAUGUUGGGCUCAAUCAUGCAGAUUCUCGUGUUUUUUGUUCCUUUUUUUCCUCGCUUAGCAGCGAUCGGCGUUUUAUUCUAUGGAUGUUUGGGUGGCUUUUGGGGGCGGGGUUUAUUAUUAUCAUUGAGAUAUUACUCUUUCUUUGUUCUGGUGUUAAAUACGAAGAAUAUCCUAUUUUUCUCAAUCGUCAAUCACAUCCAUCUACCUAUUGCAUCCACAAUCCUGAGACAUCUCUACCCCUCAUUAUUACAUCUCAUUUCUAUCUUUAUCAACUUCACCUAUUUCAUCACAAUGACCAACACCCUCGCAGCGGCCGAGUGCGCAAUCUAUGCCAUCCUCGCCCUCCCCGUCCUCUACACCCUCAUCAAACAUGGCCGCAACGGCUUCAUGGGCUGGCUCUUCCUGUUCCUCUUCUGCGGCAUCCGCGUUGUAGGUGGUGGCCUCGCCGUGAAGAGCUCUUCCGGUGCCGCUAGCAUCAUCUCUAGCGUGGGCUUGUCGCCCAUUCUCCUCGCCACGAGUGGGAUUCUCCAUGAAGCACGCAUUCUGCGCAUCCCCAACCUCAACAAGAAAUUCGAAUGGGUGCUCGCUCUCUUCUACCACAUUCUCGUUGUCGGUGGCGUGGCUCUGACUGCUGCUGGAUCUGCGAAACUCCAGAAAACAGACCAGACGGCGGAUGACAUGCACAAGGCCGAGCGGAUUGUCAAGGUCGGCAUGGCUGUUUUGACUCUCUCGUGGAUUGCGUUGGUCGGGUGGACUGGUAUUUCGUUUACCGGGCCUCGUCCUAGGAGUGACCGUGUUGGUAAUGCGGGAUCUACUCUGCUCAAAACUAUCGUCUUCUCGCUCUUCUUCAUCGGUGUCCGCGUCUUCUACAGCCUCGUCGCUCUCUGCUCUGAGAAGGCAUCGCUGAACCCUACCACCGGCUCUCUUGCUAUCCGUGUUGUCCUCAGCUUUCUGCCCGAGUUGAUCGCUACACUUGCUUAUAUCGCUGCGGGAAUCAAGACACGCGAUGUGGCUGAGUUGGCUGCCAAUGCGGAGACUGCCCACUGGGAGACUCAGAAGCCUGCUCCUUGGGUUUAGUUUUACUUCUGGGAUGGAGUUCUGGAUGGUUUAAAUUUCAUUUGUUUUUUGGGCUGGUGUUUGGGUGUAUUAGAUACCAUAAUGUUAUAACUAUAUCUUAUAUCUGAUACUCAGACUAGACGGUAAAUCUCCUUAUAUUCUGAAGCAUAUCCCCAUAUGUAAAUAUUUCAUGCAAAAUCUGGAACUUUACAAAUCCUGAACAUGUAGCUAGCUUAAUCCUUAUUCAAUGGGCC